AUGGCUUUGCCUUUAGAUACAAGCUAUCUCAUCAAUAAAUUUAGAUCUUCCUACUUGUCCACUAUCGACGAUGGGAUAUCGAAAAGAAUCAUAGAACCCUAUCACCAGGAGACAGAAUACUCUCGACUAAUCAACCAACAGCCCCAGUUUCCCAACUACAAUCCUUUCAGCAGCAAUAACCAGUUUGAAUCCAGCAGAAACCAGAACUAUUUAAAUAGUUAUCUUCAAAACCAAGAUUUCAUCAAUAAUAUCACAGAUUUGUCUGAGUCCCCUCCUAUUCAAUUCAAUUUGUUUGAAGACACACGAGCAAAGCUAAAUAAAUUACGACGACAAAAUCAAAAUGAGCUGGAUUCAAUAUCGAGCGAUGGUGAUGAUGAUGCUGGUUACAACCAUCCAUCAUUGGCUAUGAAGGACAACAGCAGCUUUAAAUUCAACAACCAUGGAUCUAAUGAAUCAUUAUCUGACAAUCUUCAUCUACAUAAUGAUUCUUCAACUGAUCUUAAUUCUUUAAAUAAGCACACUAUAACACCUCCAAACAAUGACCACAAUAUCAAUACAAUAGCCAGUCAAAACAAUAAUUUAAUAGGUAUAUCUAAUCCUAAACAUCAAAACGAAACAAACAACACAUUAACAUUGAAGGAUUCAUUAUAUACCAUUCAGCAGCGUAAUUCCAAUAGUGAUAUUGAAAUUUCUUCUCUUGUCGACAAUUCCAAUAAUACAAUUAUUGAGAAUAACGCACCAACUGCUUCCAAUGCUACUCUUAAUAAUACUCUUAAUAUUUUUAAUCUUGGUAACAAUAACAGCAACAACAAUACAAAUACAAAUACAAACAAUGACAGUAAAAGUAGCAUCACUUCAGCUUCGGUUAUUACAAACGCGAAUAACAAUCAAAAUCAGAUAACAAACAGAUCUAGUCUCGGAAAUUUGUUGGAUAGUUUGACUCUACCAAAGGUCAGAAACAGUAUAUCGGUUUCAAAUAAUAAACAAAGAGAACAACCGAUUAUUGUAAUCGGUAAUACAGGAGGUGGAGGCUAUAGACAAUCAAUAUCAAAAUUAUUUAAUAGAACCUCUGUGACAAAUAAUAGCAAAAAUAGCGAUGAAGAUUCUAGUGAUGAAGAGGAUGAAAUGAACCGUAUUAAUCAGCAAAAUGAUUCGACGGAUCAAUUGACUACAGAAGAGCAAAAUUACGACGAUAAUAGUAGCAUAAGUAUUAGUUCAUCCAAAUUUGAUUCUUCAGGCAAUAAUUCUAUUUUUGAUAGUUCCGAUGAAGAUGAUUUGAUGGCUGAUAAUGGCAAGCGUCAAAUGGAAAAUAAAAAUCAGGUUAAGAGUACUUCAGAGUUAAUCAGUGUUGAUAUAUCAAGAAUUGAUUACAACAAUGCCAAUACCAAUAUAACAAAUGAUAAUAUUGCAAAGACAAACAACUUAAUUUCUAACGAUGAGAUUGUGAGUUUUUCAGAUACCGAUUCAUUAUUACUCGGAUCUAAUUCUUCAUUCAUUGGCGAUAGCUCUAGUUUUAAUGAUGAUGAUGACAACCUCAAUAGUAUUGGAACCAACAACUUUCAAUUACGACCAAGAUCAAAAAGUAACAUUAGCUAUAAAUCGGGUCUGCAAAUAAAAUUUCCUAACCUGUCAAGAAAUCGUAAUAAUACAAUCGGCGUAGUUAACCCUAGAAAUAAUUCAAAAAAUUCAAUGAAAUUUAAAGUCAAUAAAUCUGAUGCUAAUAUUAACGAAGUUCAUAAAAGUGAUUCAAAACUGAAUCAAAAUCACAGUAAUCCACCAUUUUUAAAAUUUAAACAAACAACCCCGACAAAUUUUCAACCUAAAGUUUCUUUAUUAACUGCUCUAUUGAAUGAUAAGAAAACCAACAAUGAUGAAUCUCCGUUGGAUAUAUUUGAAAAAGUUUCUGGCGAAAAGAUUAAGAAUAAAAGAAAUGUUAAUAAAAUAGAGGUUUACAUUAAAGAUUCUAAAAAGUUUUGCGAAUCACCUAUGAAAUUAGUUAUUUCAAAAGAAGCAAAAGUGUUUGAUUUAAUUGGGUUUGUAUUAUUAAAUUAUACUAAAGAAGAGCUUAAAGAAAAAUCCAAUAUCGAUAAAAAAUAUAUUAAUCCUAACAAAUGGUAUUUACAAAUUGUGGAUGAAGGUGAGCCUUUUGAUGAAGAUUUUGGUAUUUUAGAUAGAAAUUCAACGAUUGCUGCGUAUAGUACUGAUGAAAUUGGUUUAUUUGAAUAUAAUGAUGAAAAAGCCAAAGAAAAUGAAAACAUUACUCCCUUGCCUUAUUCUCUAGAUGGAGAAAAGGAGGAUAAAUCUGAAAGUUCAGAUACUUCAAAAAUUGAGUCAGUUUCAAAUGAUGCUGGAGAUAUUUUGAGAUUAUCAAAUCUUCAAAGAAAAAGAGCUGAAAGCUCGGGUUCGAUGUUAUUUAGACAACCAAGUACGUCAAGUAUACUAACUAGAAGGCAAUCUACUAGGACCAAUGAAAGUUUUGAGAGUACAAGUUUAAUUUCACAAUCAAAACAGAUAAAAUUAAAAAUUUAUAUUUAUCCUUCUGACGAAAUAUUUUUUCCUUUAUGGGUCUCACCAAAUGCGAAAGUAAAAGAUGUUAUAAUCAAAGCCUGCAAAUACAAAAAAUUUAAAAGUGAUAAUUAUCAUCUUAAGAUUAAAGAAGAAAAUCAAGUUUUAAACAGCGAUGAUGAUAUUCAAAGUUUAAACAAUCAAUUUGAUCUCUUUUUGAUGACCAAGACAAUGAGUAAACAUUUAGGACUAAAGAAGAGAAAGAGAAAGCUAUCAAAUCAAUUACCCAAAAAAUUAACAAUUGCAGGUUUAACCAAUCCAACAGAUUCAUUUAACUUUUUUCAGCCUAAAACAUCUAUUAAUACGCCUUUGACUGGGAAAAAAUCUCUUUUUUCCAAUUCCUUUAAGAGCAAGUCGAAAAAUUUAAUAAACCAUUACACAAAUAAUAGUAGUGGCAAUAACAAUAGCAAUAAUAAAAAUAAAAAUAAAAGACAUUCUAAUGUAAUUGGAAAUGAAUCAGACUUUCAGUUGGAACGUUAUACUGUUUGGAGGAAGCAACCAAUGGCAUUUAUUUACAAACAUAAAAGAGUAUUGGCAAUAGAUGGCGAUUACAUAUAUAUAUUGCCAGCAGAUGAUGCCUUUGGAUAUGAUUCAACCAUGACAAAGACUUCUAGCUUUCAUAUAAAGCAAAUGAAGCUUGUUAAACAAGCAAGGAGAAAUCCAAUUAAUUUUAAAAUUAUUAUAAUGAAAGUCAACUCAAACGAAUUGAAAAGGUAUGAUUUUGAAGCUUUGAGUAUUAAUCAGAGCUCAAAAAUUGUUUCGAGAUUAAAUGGAGCAAAAGAAGCAUAUAGGAUGAAUAGUGGAGUAUAG